AUGGGGACGGGACCAGUUACGUGGAGAAGGCGGGGGACACAGCACGAAGACGGGACUGACGAGACCAAGAGGAGAAGUUUGGUUCUAAGCAGCAGCAGACUCACACAGGACCCCUCGCUCUUUGCUUAUGGGGCCACCCACUACCGCCGGCUCGGAUGGAUACGAGAGUACACUGACCGCGGAAGGACACGCCGCUCGCGCGAGGGAUCGGAGGAGACGAGCGCACGAGAGCUGCUAGCUCCCCUGCCUGGAUGUGAGAAUGUCUGCUACGACGCAUUUGCCCCACUGUCACACGUGCGAUUCUGGAUCUUCCAGGUCAUCAUGAUCACUACUCCCACCAUCAUGUACCUGGGAUUUGCCAUGCACAAGAUCUCCCGCAUGGACGACAGCGAGUACAGAACUGUCCGUAACCGCAAGAGUAAACGAAUGCCAAUUGUGAAUCGCGGAGCUGUGAGGGACUAUGAGGAAGCGGAGGACAACGGAGAAGAAGACCCUAUGAUUGCAGAGGAGAUCGAGCCAGAGAAGCCGGAUAAGCCCGAGAAAGGCACCGAGAAGAAACACGAUGGGCGCAGGCGCAUCCUGCGUGACGGCCUCAUGAAGGUGUACGUGUGCCAGCUGCUGUGGCGCUCUGCGUUUGAGGUGGCCUUCCUGUUUGGACAGUACAUCCUGUACGGCUUUGAGGUGUUGCCAUCAUAUGUGUGCACACGCUCGCCCUGCCCUCACACUGUGGACUGUUUUGUGUCUCGCCCCACUGAGAAGACCAUCUUUCUCUACAUCAUGUACGUAGUGUCCUUCAUGUGCCUGCUGCUCACAGUGAUGGAGAUCAUCCACCUGGGCAUCGGAGGGAUUAGGGACUCUUUCCGCCGCCGUGCCGCACUUACACGUCCCCGGACGCCCUUACCCGGGGUAGCCAUGCCCACUGCUCCCCCGGGAUACAACGCCACCAUGAAGAAGGAGAAGCUCAAGAGGCAGCUCAGAGACUCUCCAAUGGGUGACUCUGGUCGGGAGAGUUUUGGGGACGAGGGCCCCUCCUCCACUGAGCUGGAGCGCCUCCGCAGACACCUGAAGCUGGCCCAGCAGCACCUGGACUUGGCUUACCACGUGGAUGAGGGCAGCCCAUCUCGCAGCAGUAGCCCAGAGGUCAACACUGCUGCACAGACCGCUGCCGAGCAGAACAGGCUCAACUUUGCCCAAGAGAAGCAUGGGGAGACCAGUGGGAAAGGUACACGAGCCUGA